GGUUGACACAUCGUGAUAGUUCGUUAAACUCAUCUUAUAAUAAAGAGACUGCAAUAAAUAUAGAAUCACUUCUGAACCCAUUUAAUAUGUUUCAACAGAUCAGAGGUUGCCGUUGAAAUGGAUAUACGUUCUAAGCUUAGAAACUUCAACCCUUACUAUAUGCGAUGGUGGUUCGUCAACCGCAAAAACUGGAUCCCAAGGAGGCUGACCUACACUGGAAUCAUGUGGUUUGUAUAUAUCAUGAGCUUCGUCUGGGUUCUCGUGGAUAGAUUCUGGCUAAGUCAGACUCAUGGGGACAUGCUGAUGAAGAGGGCUUCCAGAGACAAGUACCCAAAGUAUCGAGGUCCAGACAAGAUCGGAGCAUACGUCACCGAGUGGUUCUGGAUCACGACUGCUAGGACUCUCAUUGUAUCUCUGAAUAUGGCAUUCUACACCGUCAUGUGGAUUCUGCCGAACGUUCUAGAAGAAGCGGCGCCUUCUUUCAUCGACAUGGACGUGCGACAUUCAAACUGGCAGGUGCACAAGUUCGCUGGAAUCUGGCUCAACGGCCUGGUCACUGUACUCCAUUGUGGGUUGCUACUGGCACCUUGGGCUAUCGACGGGACCCCUUUGAACAUGCUAAAAGAUGGGAUCGAUUUCGAUGACUGGUGGGAUCCAUUCAUCAGGACCUUCAAAGACUACAUCGAGGAUGGUCAAGUGGUGUUUUCUGCAGACGAAGUGUUCCGCUUGGUUCUCUCCAUUUUUGUAUUUUGCCUUCUCUUUCCAAUCUCUCGAGCCGAUUGGAUGAUGUAUCGCAGCUACUCUGUGGCGAUGGGUAUCCAUGCCGCAGCUGGAUUUGCAUUCAUGAUUGACAUGGUCAGAAAGAACUCGCACCCGCUCUGCUGGAGAUUUAAUCUUCCACUGAUAUUUCUUUACUUAAUCGACCGGACUUUUGCCACUUUCUGGUAUCGCGUGAAUAAGUUCAGAGUCCGAAGGAUCCAGAAGGUCUCCGAUAGCAUCUUUGUGCUGUAUGGAUUCCUACCUGGACUGGAGUACUCCGGACAAGGUUGCGCUGACAACUACUGGCUACUGCAUCGGUUCCAGAAGAACGCUCCCUGCACCCCGAUAAUCCAGAGGUCUCACCCCUACACCUCGUUCCAGAACUGGGAUCCAGAAACCCGAAACGAGUGGAAUGUCGGGUUUGUGAUCCAAAUGAACCCUAAAAAUGCCAGCUCUUGGGGCUUGUGGCUCAUGAACAGGAGCGUCCGGCCAUUAUUGAAGACCGACAAUAAAAUUCAACGCAGCUUAAAGAACGGGAAAACUGUGAGCAACGAAUAUGUUCACGUGGACAUUUCUGGAAGUUACAAGAAAAUACAGAAAAUUGGAUACAGAACAGCAAAAGAAACCGAUAAAACCGAUGAGGGAGAAGAAAGACAAAGUUUAGAAUUUUUGUUGGAACAAAAAGAAAGUGGGGAUAAGAUCAAGCAUGAUAACUGUGACGAAGAGUGUGGCGUUGAGUUUGACAUCAGAUCCUAUGGACCAUACAGGUCUUCGUUCUACGUCAUCGGGAAAAGCUACCGAUCGUACAAGCACCUGGUUCUGAUUGCAGGGGGAUCCGGAUUUGGAUACUUUCUCAGCGCUCUCACAAUCAUCAAUGACCACGAGCGAAACAACCGACAAUUCACAGCGGAGAAGCAAAGCGACUCGAAACUUGUUCAGACAACUUUGGUUUUCUCAGCCCGGGAACCCGCUAUGAUAGACCUGUAUAAAUCUCUAAUCCGCAAACAGGCUAACCACGACCGAUGCCGACAUUUGAUAUUUUACACUGGCAAGCAGAAAUACGAACCAAAAAACACAGCUGAAGACAAUGCUUCGAACAUGGUUGUCACGAAUGGACGAAUGAAUAUCGGGGAUAUUUUGUGCGAGUAUGAGCCGAUGUACAAGGAUACUUUGGUGUGCGUAUGUGCUGCAAAUGCACUGCUAGACGAAGUUAAGAAGACAGUAUACAAAUACGGACUGAGAUACAGAGUCGAAGAGUUCUGAAGAUGUUUGUUCCCUUCUAACAAUUUCAGAUGAAAAACUGAAAAGCUUCAUGAAAAACAAUUUCCAUUAUUUUUAAACCAAAUUUUAUGUCGAACUCAUUCUUAAAAAUGAUUGAAGUUUUGUAG